CAACAAGGACGGUGAUGGAGGUGCCUCUGGUUAAUUUUGAGAACAUGGAUGAUGUCGGUAUCAACCUGGGUGACCCGAAUGACUCUGGGUACCCGACCUCACCCCCCUCAGAAGCCCCGGAUCAGAAUCUUUUAACUCGCCGUCUGACGUCUCCUCAUCAGUCACCUCACAGAGGACGACGUAGGCAUCAUUCCGGUCAAGAGGGGUUGUCACCCUCCACUCCCCCAACUCUGACCACCAAAGCGAAUUCCAGCAGCGGCAGUUUGAUCUCUAAUCUGAAGCUCCUGAUCAACAGUGAGUCUCCCACUGACAGCGUCUUCAGUAAAAUGGUGAAGGAUUGCUAUGAGAAUGAAGAUUUGUUUGAAAAGCAAUGCAUGGAAGAAAAAGAUGAGAAGGUUGUCAUCAACAUUUCAGGCCUGAUGUUCGAGACCCAGCUCAGCACCCUGAAUAGGUUCCCCGAGACGCUGCUCGGUGACCCCAUGAAGAGGAUAAGCUACUUCGACCCAAUGAGAAACGAGUACUUUUUUGACAGAAACCGACCAUCCUUUGAUGGUAUUCUGUACUACUAUCAGUCAGGGGGGAGAAUCCGCAGACCGGCCAAUGUUCCCUUAGAUGUUUUUGCAAAUGAAAUUGUUUUCUAUGAGUUGGGUCAUGAAGCAAUGGAGCAGUUCCGUGAAGAUGAAGGGUUUAUCAAAGAGCCAGAGGUUCUUUUGCCCACCAACGAACUCCAACGACAAUUCUGGCUCCUGUUUGAGUACCCAGAGAGCUCCAGUGCAGCCAAAUCUGUAGCUUUGGUUUCUGUGUUUGUCAUCGUCAUUUCCAUCUUCAUCUUCUGCCUAGAGACUCUGCCAGAGUUCAGGGAGGACAAUGACUUUGUCCCAGGCGUAACCCAAAUCAUCAACGGGACCCAAGACGGUUCUGCCCCUCAUCCUGCCGCAAAAGACUUGAUGGCGUAUAUCACAGACCCGUUUUUCAUUGUGGAGACUAUUUGCAUCAUUUGGUUCUGCUUUGAAGUCGGUGUCCGUUUUGUGGUCUGCCCCAGCAAAAGUGACUUCUUCAAUAACAUCAUGAAUAUCAUUGACAUAGUCUCUAUAAUUCCCUACUUUGUAACCCUGGGAACAGAGCUGGCUACGACCCCUGAUGAUGAUGUGAACUCUGGUCAGAACAUGUCCCUGGCAAUCCUAAGGAUCAUCCGACUCGUGAGAGUUUUCCGAAUUUUCAAGCUCUCUCGACACUCGAAAGGGCUUCAGAUCUUGGGGCAGACCUUGAAAGCCAGUAUGCGGGAACUUGGGUUGCUCAUCUUCUUCCUUUUCAUAGGAGUCAUCCUAUUCUCAAGUGCCAUCUACUUUGCAGAAGUGGAUGAGCCCCAGACACAGUUUGUUAGCAUCCCUGACGGCUUCUGGUGGGCUGUGGUGACGAUGACCACUGUGGGAUACGGAGACAUGUGCCCCAUCACAAUGGGAGGCAAAAUGGUCGGCACCCUCUGUGCCAUUGCUGGUGUCCUGACCAUUGCCUUGCCUGUCCCUGUCAUCGUCUCCAACUUUAACUAUUUUUACCACCGUGAGACUGAGCAGGAGGAGAAACAGGUGAUGGAUGCAGCUGCAGAGGCUGCCCAGAAAAUGUCAGCUGCAAACAAGUACGGAAGCACACCUUCGCUGAACAAAAGUAACGGUACCUGGCAGAAUGAGAAAAAUGGCAUGCACUGAUAGAAAAACAACAGUAUUUAUAUCAAGGGCAUGAAUAAACGUACGGAUAAAUCAAACAUAUCCUGGAGUGAGAGGCAGUGGGUGAUAUCUUUCUCACUAUUUUGUACUCCAAACAUGGCAGCAUUUGUGCACAUUACUACAGUAUUAAGAGGCACUGUGUGGUGAGACAGCCUUUACACGAGUCGUCUGUCUACUUGUGGAUGUGUCAAAGUGCAAUUAACACAACUCAGCAACCAUUAUGUCAGUUAACUUUGAGGAACAGAACUGAAAGGUAUAAUUAAAUUAUCUUCCAUCCGGUGCAAUUUGAAGAAAAAUGGCUCUUUUGUAGCAAAGACAAACAUCUCACCUUGAAAAUACUGAUAGUUUGAGUAAAUAUAGAAGUGAAAGGCAAAGAAAGUUGUGAAUUUGACCCAACUGUCCUUGCAGUCUGUGACUUUAUCCCACAGAAGAAAAAGAAACCAAUACCGGGUUUGAUAAUCGUAGCAUUUAAACCGGAAAUACACUCUGAGCUCAUAUUACAUCACAGUUCCAUGUUAGUCUACACUUUGUCAUAUUCAGCAAAUCGAGAUAGAACUUGGCAUGACUUUCAAGGGCAGGCGAAUGUGUCCAGUGUAAGGCAAGAGGACCGCAGCGCACACAUUGUCUUAUCAGCGAAUCUAUAGUUGCGAAUGCUCAGCCUGCAGCACUUCUUCCAAAAGACGCAGCGUAACAAUAUCUGUAUGAUGAAUAGUUGGCACUUUUGCAUGUCCGCUAUUAGUCUUGUAGAUAGGCUGCAAAAUAUAAAUCAAACCAUGAAACUGCUUCAUAUUGACUGUAUAACUUAUUAUAGCACAUGCAGUAGUUGCAUGCAACAGAUUCUGUUAUUAAAGUCACCUGUUAUUUUUUAUUACAUGGCAUUUUGCACCAGAUUAUGCUGAUUUAGCUGUACAUGCUAUCAACUUCUAACAUUAUAAUGUGAAUUUACCCUUUAAAAACCAUAUCAUGUCAUUGCACUGAAAGUUUUUUUUCCACAUAUCUCUUAAGCACUUUUGGAGCUUUUCACCAUCAGCUGUUGGCAGGGAAAACAUUUAUUUGAGUGUAUUGAAAUGUGAGAUGAGAUAUAUAUUUGUGAUCAGACUGAGAUAAAAGAGGAGACAGAGAGGACGAAAGCAACUUUGCACUCUUAUAUUCGAACGUUUCUCCAUUUACAUUUGUUCUGUCAUUUUUAUUGCAUGGCUUAGUUUGCUGAAAUGAGGUUUAACUCUUACUCUCAGUAACUGAAAGUUUGACAUAUUUAUUGUAGCUAAAUAUAAUAUAGCAUUUUAAUCAUAUAGUGAUAAUUGUUGUAUUCCAUGUCAUAGAGAAAAGCCAAUUGGAUUUUAAACAAAUAUGACAAUAAAUGACGGAAAGUACACGUUUGUGUCUCACCAGGAAAACAUGAAUCAGUACUAUACUGUAUAUGCAUGCCACAUUUCAAUCUUGAGAAUGUACUGUAUGUGAGUUUAUUAUACAUAUAAAUACAGCUUGUAUAGAAAUGGCAGUGGGUGUAGUUGUAACUCGAUCAAUGCCUUUCUAAUAAUCCUACGAUAUGCAAUAACGAUGAUAUGUGGGUGGAAAACAGAAACAAACGUGUUGUGUUUUUCACCCGUGGAAAGAGCAAUACUUGUAAUUAAUGAAAACGAAAUGCAAUUAAAUGCAAAGGUGACAUCAGUUAGUCACGUGGGUACUCAGCACUUUACUAUGUUAUGAAGCACUUAUGGUUUGAGCACUGUUACUGUAUGUGUCAGCAUUGUACAGU